CCUGUCGCACACGGACUCACCCCGACGCUGGCGUCCCGACGCUCUGCUAUAGCCGUCGUUGAAAAACGUGCUCGCGAGACGAAUCGCUUCUUGUCUUACCGUGGACGAUCUCGCGCGUUAACUCCCUCGAAUUGAUUGGCUGUGCUUAACCUCCUUGUUAAACGGGGGUUCUUCUGAAUGCGAGUCUCGUGCACGGGAAAAAGAAAAGGAGAAAGAGAGUAAAGAUAAGGGGUGGACUUUUACUUAUGCUUGGAAGAUUUCGUGCUGGGUCGUUUUGUUCGGAACGAAGACAAGUUUUUGCUGCCGAGUGAUAGGGAACGGAACGAAUAUGGGGGUGUGAUAAGGAUAGGGGGGUCUAAGGAGAAAGGAGAAAGGUAUCAGUGUACCCGAGGAAGAUCGUGAAAGUACUUUUAUCGUGUCUUGGAGAGCAAUCAGGCAACGGAUAUCGCGCGUCGCCUUUAUUGUGAAUAUAUCUUGUUUCUCUUGAUUUGUAUAUAUUAUCGGGAAAAUAAAAAAAAGAUUUGAAGGAAAUUACAUGCAAAACGGUGGGGCUGUGUAGGGUUCUCUGUAGACAAUUUUUAUGAAAAUAAAAUAGAGAGAGCUUGGACGUAGUAAGAUUUAAGCCUGGUGCAUAUCGUUUAAAAAUUCUGUGGUAUUAUUUUUAUUGAAUAUAUAUAAGUGGGCUUUGGGAUUUGAUUUUUAAAAAUUUACGCUUACCAGUUGAACGUCGAAUUUCAUUAAAGUGACAUAUCCGUAACGAUAACAAAAGUACGUGAACGCGCAUACAAAGCAUCCCUUCGGUCACGCUGCAAUAUGUCAACGGCGUUUGUAUAUGUAGUGAAGAAGAAUAGAAUCUCGAAGAAAGGUAACACUGUGGUCCUCUGACGUUCCUCGUGUCAGCGCGACACCCUGCGACUGAUGGUACAGAUUUUACGUGCACUGUGACAGACUUCGUGCAUCCUCGUGGAUAUUCGUCGAAGGGAAAACAAAUUUAUAUAAAUGUAUACGGUGUAGCGUUAAUUGUUGUAAUAGAAAAUUUUUAUAUUCUUCCCUCAUUUCUUACAUCGGUUUUAACGAAGUUCGUUCUCGCGCAGCGAUUUCUCGACGUUCCGAAAUAAACUUUUGCCACAGCACGGCGGAUAUCGAGCGAACUUAAUGCGCUUCUAAUUAUUAUCACGCGACAAGACGCCGUCGCGUGACUCGUGUCCUCGUAAACUUUACGGAAGAGAGCGAGAGAGAGCGAGAGAGAGACCUGUUGUCCCAGCAUAUGUAGCUUGGUGGUUCGUCGUUAAUUACGAAGUUUAACGACAAGGAUCUUUUCCCCGUUAAUAAAAUUUUAUUUUUCUCAGUGCUCAUAAACGUAUAAUUGCGCAAUAUUAUGCUUAAUACAUCCUAAAUAUACAGUGCGCGGCGUUUAACGAUUGCGGUUGAUAAGGCUGUAUCGGAGAUUGGAGUUAUGUCGCAACAACGAAGAGGAUCCGCUCGUGGAAGUCCUGUCUCGGGACUUCCUGGACCAAGUGCUGCGGCUGCUGCAUCCUCGCAAGAGAAUCAGAUGAGAGGAAUCCCAUUGCCUGGAAUGGUUCCUUCGCAUUCGGUACAUGGAAGUCCAAUGCACGGGAAUCCAAUUCACGGGUUUGUCAACCCUCUUGGCCCGGCAGGUCCAGCAGGUCUGGCCCAUCCUGGAUCUCACCCACUAGCCAUACCUGGAAUUUCUCAUCAUCCCUCGAGCGUACACCAAGUACAUCGAGCGAGUAUCUUCUUAAGGUCUAAUAAGGAAAUCUCUUGCCUUGGUGCACGCCCGAAGGAUACGAGAAGAUCCCACCAGGCUCUCCGUACUCGUCGCACUCCUCGCCAUUGAGAACGCCCUUAAGUUCUGGUCACGGGACGCCGCAAGACUCACCGCAUAUGGACAGACGCAGAAGAGACUCCGAACACGGUGCUUUGAUACCAAGACGGGGCUCGGACGUUAUCUCACCGCUAUCAGGAAACCAUCCAACAGGUUCUCCCG